AUGGCGGAAUCAGAAACACCGCCUCCAGCUCCGGCAACACCAGCAACAUCAGCGCCAGCAGCGCCAGAGACAAACUCCAACAAGGCCACCACAGCUACCAAUGGCGAAACAUCUCCCUUUCAGCUCGACGUGAAGAAACUCCAUUCUCUACCCUCGGAACAGCAGGGCUUAUACCUCUUGACGUUCACGGCCGACCUCGCGCGCCAUGUCGAAGCUAUCACGAACGACGAAGUUACCGCAGAGCAAGGCGCAAUCAAGAAAGAGCUGCUUCAGAUCGUCAAUCUCACCUCUCCGGCGCCAACGAGGGUGAUUCGAAAGAACGUCGGACGAUGCUUCUCCGGGAUAUUCACAAAGGGCAGCAGGAAAGUCCUGUAUGAGUCGAUCAAUGAUAUGGUGGCCAUUGUCAACGCCGGGAAGGAGAAGGAAGCAAAGGCUAAGCAUGCUGCGGUGUACUGCCUGGGAGCUAUAUUCGAUGCUGCUGGUGACAGUGCCAUCAGUAUGUCGCCCCUGGCAUGUACGGCUAUUCUGAAACUGUUGAAGGCUGCGGCCACGGAUGCUGGGAUGCGAAGUGCAAUUUUCAAAGCCUGUGGCAGAAUCGUGAAAGGCAUUACAGUCGCGAUCGAUGAGGACAUUGGACGUGCGAUCUGGAAACAGGCGAGAAACGCAGCGGGUGGUGACAAAUCUCUGCUGGUCCAGGCCAGCGCAUGCUACUGCAUGGAGCAGCUUGUGCGGUGGACUUCAUACUUCGACAAUUCGAAUGACUUCGAGAAGCUACAGGCUGGCAUAUUGAAGGCGAUCGAGAGCUCCUCCGUUAAUGUGCGGCAUGCAGCUGCGUCUUGUCUGGCGACACAGUUGGUGAAGAGCUAUUCUGAAUCUCCAAGUAAAGAUGGCGUGCCCAAACUGAGAAAACCGAAGAAGUCCAAGAAGCCUGCCGUUGGGGAUGAAGCUGAGGAGGAAACUGAGCGAUCUGGUUCUCCAGCUCCAGAGAAGCCUGCGACUGCAUUGUCAUACAGCUUAUUGGAGAUUUUGAGACUUCUUUCAACGCAUUUCUGCAAAGCGUCAACCCCCAAUAGAGGCCGGGCAGGUAUCGCCGUGUGCUAUAUCAAGGUAUUGCGCGCAGUCGGAGAGAGUGUGAUCGAGCAGAAGUAUGGUGAAAUCGCCCGACACCUUUUCAAGGAUAUUCUGGACUACCAAGGCUGGCAGUUCAAUCGAUACCGGCAGCUCAUGGCUCGAAAGUUUGUGAGAAUCAUCCUCGAACAAGUCGUGGGCAGCUUGCUCGGAGAGACAGCACAACUCAACGCUGCCCGAUUCCUGUUGAACGACAUCAUCAAGGAUUACCCUCAAAGUGUCAAAGAACGCCCAGAGCCCUCUAAUUCAGUGCUCACUGGUGCUCUCAGUGCUUUGACGUCCCUCACGAAACGAUUGGACACAGCCAUUGGUACGAUCGCAGAGACUUAUCGAGAGGCGUUGUUGCAAGCGCUACCUCACCCAAGCUUCACGGUGCAAAUCUACGCGGCGAAGGCCAUGCGCGCAUUUGUGCUGGCUUGCCCUCAGCAGCUGCUGCCAACGGUGACCAUCUGCAUGAACAGUGUCAAUCGUGAGCUGGGUCUCCUUGGUGGGCCCCGACAGGUUCCACGACGCUGUACGGGAUAUGCUUAUGGUCUUGCUGCUAUCCUUAGCACCUCAAGCCAACAUCCCCUCUAUGGCUCCCUCGACGUCUAUGCUCGUGUCCUCCAGCAGGCUACCAAUCUGCUCAAGACGAGUGGAAGCUCGGAUCUACGUGUCUCCAGCUGCCAGCUUCAAGUGGCAUGGAUCAUGAUCGGUGGAUUGAUGUCCCUGGGGCCCAACUUCGUCAAGAUCCAUUUAUCACAACUCAUGCUCCUCUGGCGAAACGCUCUUCCCAAGCCAGUCUCUAACGACCACAUUAGCAAAAGGACUAUGUUGGAGCUCAGCUAUCUUGCGCAUGUUCGGGACUGUGCCCUCGGCUCCAUCAAGGCUUUCCUCACUUAUAACCAGCGCUUACUGACGUCUGACAUCUCUCGAAGACUGUCUACGAUGCUGGAGAAUACUGUCAGCUUUCUCCAGAGUCUGCCUACAAAGAGAACAAGCGAUGAUCCCUCAAAUCGGCUUUCGGCUGCUUUGCAACUACAAGACUACGAAGUCAUGGUGCGACGCCGAGUGUUCGAAUGCUACUCGCAGCUCCUCACUCUCAGCCCUGCUGGUAGUAUUGAGACGACAGCUCAUUCGUCUAUACUUCCUCUCGCAGUCGCAUCAUUCUCUGACUCUGAGUAUGAAGCACCGAGCUCGCUGGCCGCUGCCAUUGCUGCAUCUGCCAGCACGUUUGAGAGCAUCUGGGACUUGGGCGACAACUACGGCUCUGGCGUCACUGGAAGAAUACGAGGUCUUGACAUUAGAGAUCCGAGUACUGGCCAUUUGGCAAGGCACUGGGCAAGUCGUUCGGACGAGGAAGCGGAGAUUGACCAAACGAUAUUGUCCCCUAUUGGCGCUUCUGCCGAGCACGAUCCAACAUGCAUCUACUUGAAUGGAACAGAUGGUGAAAACGAUAUGCCUUGUCCACCUGCAACAGAGGCCGUCGAUGCGGCCAUUGCGGCAUUCGGUCUAUGUCUUUCUUUGCAAAGCCCAAAGGUUCAAGACAGCACAUUGGAGCAGAUAUCAUACUCGCUGAGUGCGACCUCGCUACAGAAAGAGCCGGCUAGGAAAGUCGCCAUCACUGCCAAUGUGGCACUUGCAGUUUUGACAGCUCUCAGGGUGGCGACCGGAGAUAAUGGGCCACCCAGAGGAGAAUUGAAAAGCGUGCAGGCGGAGAAGGGGCUGCAGAACCUACUGCACAUCUGCAUCAAGGAUUCGGAUCAGUCUAUACGGCAUAUAGCAUCUGCGGCGCUGGGUCACCUUUGCUCGAGCUCUGGCACAGCAUUCACUGGAUCUGAAGUAACGCAUUUGACGGAGACAAUUGUCAGCAAUCGUGAACCACAUGUACGAGCUGGAUGCGCCGCGGCUCUUGCCCAAAUCCACUCUCAGUUGGGUGGCAUGGCAGCUGGUCUGCACAUGAAGAACAUUGUGGGCAUCCUCAUGUCACUUGCGGCAGACACUCAUCCUCUGGUGCAUUUCUGGGCGGUCGAUAGCCUUGCCUCGAUCGCAGAGUCGGCAGGCCUGAAUUUCUCGGGAUACGUCACAAGUACCAUCGGCAUGCUCAGUCAACUCUAUGUUUCUGACAGCCACAAUGUCGAGACAGUCGCUCAAGCAGCUUCAAACAUGUCAAUGGAUCUACCUGUGACAGCUGCCAUUGCUCGCGGCGUUGAUGCCCUUAUCAAUGUGCUUGGUCCGGACCUCCAAGACAUGGCGAAAGCGCGAGAUAUGAUUCUCACGCUCGUGCGACUGUUCUCUGAGGAGGAAGAAACUGCCAUACUGCUCGAGAGCUUGCGGUGCCUGGAACAUCUCUCGCUGUAUGCACCUGGACAUUUGGAGUUUACGCAGUAUGUACGACGACUGCAAGAUGAUGUGGAUUCGACCUCUUCAGAAAUUGCAAGCCUGGCCCUUCAUGGCCUCUUUACUCUCAUGCGGCGCGAUGCCCCCGAGAUAAUCAAGACUGCUCGUCCAGGCCUUGAAGACCGCCUCUGGGAGUACCUCAACUACGACCCCUCUCAGCAAUUCAUCCAAAACGUUUUCCUGAACUGGCUGCAGCAAACGGGCUCCAGUGAUCCCGCGGACUGGAUACAGAGAUGCAACAACAUCCUGACCAUGACGAAGGCCAAGGUAGAUAAGCCAAAGACUGCUGUACCCAAGAGCACGACUGCAACGGCUGGGCCCGAUCUACAGGACGAAGAAGUCGCUGGCUUUGCUGUGACUGCUGGCGCGACCAAGGAAGAUGAGACUGAAGCACCAUCCUCGACCCAGGAGCUCAUGCGAUGGCAGGUUCGUCUCUUUGCGAUGGAGUGCAUGCACAACCUCAUUGCCACGAUCCGCAAAGAAGCUACUGUGAGCGAUGAGAGCGCAGGUGAAGCGGCUCUGCAGCAGAAGGUUGGCGACGUGAUUCGAAUUGCGUUCUCUGCCUCUACCGCUGGAGUGGCAGCGCUGCGUGUGGUGGGCAUGCAAAUCAUCGACCAGAUCUUGAAGAUGUUUGGCCGGACACCGGACCCAGACUUUCAAGAGGCAAUGCUUUUGGAGCAGUACCAAGCUCAAAUCAGCUCUGCGUUGACGCCUGCCUUUGCUGCUGACUCGUCACCAGAGUUGGCCGCCGCAGCGGUGAAUGUAUGUGCUACUUUCAUCGCAACAGGUAUUGUCACGGACAUUGACCGCAUGGGACGUAUUCUCAAGACUUUGGUGUCUGCUUUGGACAGCUUCUCGCGAGACGCAGACACUGCGAGUAUUGGUGAUCUGAAGGGCUUGAGCGCAAAUGCACAGGUCAUGGUCCGAAUGGCCGUGUUCUCGGCCUGGGCAGAGCUGCAAAUCGCCAGCUCGGAGCAGAAGUACCUGGAAGAUGUGGUGAGACCACAUAUUGCUCAGCUGGUGCCGCUGUGGAUUUCAUCACUACGAGAAUAUGCACGCUUGCGAUUCGAGCCUGACAUUUCGGCGACAACUGCGACCCCGGCCACUUCAGGUGACUUGGACACUGUCUACGCGGCUCUGAAUCGGGAGACCUUGCUCAAGUUCUACCAGGCUUCAUGGCUGAGUCUUGUCGACGCAAUUGCCAGCUUGAUUGAUGAAGACAGCGAGUUUGUGUUUGAUGCUCUCGACAACAAGCAGAUUGAACAGUCAGACGGCGCGGGCGGAGAAGGCGAGGAAAAGGUCAAUGGGACCAUCGCCCGCAAGAGCACUGGCAUCAACUACCGAGAAGAGCCAGUCGCCUUCUUCUUCGUGCUUUACGGCCUCGCAUUCGAGUCCCUCGCUGUGCGAAGCGGUGACGACGACAUACUCACACGACAGCGCAACCUGGACAUCCUUGCGGCCUUGAAAAGGAUUCUUCGCCCCUCAGUAUCUGGAAAUGCGGUCUAUCAAGAAGUUGUCUUCUCCGAGACGAUGGAUUUGCUUGACAGAAUGGUUCUGACGGAGAACCUUUCAAUGCAAGCUGUCAUCGUCGACAUUGCUCGAAAUCUGUGUCUGGUGCAUCCUUCCUCCAGGCAAGGCCAACAGACCCCAGUCAAUGGCGAGGCACAGUUUGAUGAUGCCAUCGAACAGCUUUUCGAGCUGACACGCAUAAUCAUUCUGGUCAUCGCGGGGCUGGUACCCGGAUUAGCAGAUACACCUGUGUCUGCGCACCUAGAGUCAUCAGACGAAGCCAUCAUACUAGUGCGGUCCUCGCUGCAGGCGCUUGUCGAUGUUUCCGAAGUCUUUCCGUCUGUCAUAAAAACGGAUUUGCAUGCGUCCAUUCUGCAUAUCUUCGUCACAAUCCUCGGAACAGCAUCGUGUCAAGCUGUGGUCUUGCCCCAGGCUCUGCCCAUCUUCCGUCGCUUUGUGGCAAGCAUUACCGAAGAUGAGCGUCCAGAGACAAAGCAGCAGCUACAGAACGCGCUGAAGCGAAUGCUUGCAAUCCUACGAAAUGCACAGAAGCGGGAGUCCGAGGCCAGUCUGCCCUGUGAGAAGAACACACUACUCGCCAUCACGAUCCUCUUGUCCGCGGCUCAGCCUCUGUUCGACACCGAAAAAGAUCCGUUGGUUCUGCGCUUUCUCGGCGAGCUGCGAGAAUGUUUGGCUGCUCCCAUGACAACCAAGGUAGCCGCUGGAUGCUACAGGACGCUUCUCGUGCAAGACGUCUCCGCCCGCCUGGCUUUUCAACACGCUGUGGAGUUCAUGCUUCAAGCUCCUGACCUAGAGGGCAUGGACGAGACUAAGCCGGUGAUGGGACAGACACUCACGACGUACAUUUCUGCCAAGCUUCCUGCGGAACGUAAACCGCCUGCUGUGGUGCUCGCCAUGAACGUCUUUCUGACUUGCGCCGCGAAGGAUGGAAAGGCAUCGUAUCCUGGAAUCGCGGCAAGGCUGCUCGAGCUGGCCGCGACGGACAACGGUACCUUUAGGAGCUUCGUGGGGUCGAUGGCGGGCGAGAAGAAGCAGCUCAUGGAGGCGAUCUUGAAAUCUCAGGCCAGCAAUCGCAGUUCGCGGCAAGACUUCAGCGCCGAAAGAGAGCCGACCAUCGCGCUCAAGAUGGACUUCGGUGGUUAA